GGGCGGGCGAGGUGUUGAACUUAAUGCAUGGCGGACGAAGGCGGCUCAUUAUCCUCAUCGACCACCUCGGGCGGCCAUAGCGUGCGUGGAACAAGGGAAGGCAUCCUGGCAAAGGGGAAACCUACUCCCAGAAAUCCGUCCGUGAGGUCGCAAGGGCCGCUCGCUGUGACUUUGAUUGCUGCCCAGGCCAAGCAAUUUUCUCGCCGAGCAAAUCGCGACGGACUUGCGUAAGAGUGGGGACGUUUUCGCAG